GCACUAGUUGCAACGCAGCACGAUACGAAGCAGGUUAAAAAAAAGUGUCUGUCAAACGAACCUGUCUAGAGCAAAUUUGUGUGAUUUUUGUAGUCUUGCUGUAUGUUUGUACUCAAAAUUAUAUAAAUUAUGCCGAAGAAUAAAGGAAAAGGAGGUAAAAACAGAAGGAGAGGAAAGAACGAAAAUGAAACAGAGAAACGUGAGCUGGUCUUCAAGGAAGAUGGACAGGAGUACGCCCAAGUCACAAAGAUGCUCGGUAAUGGCCGCUUGGAGGCCAUGUGCUUUGAUGGCAUAAAACGUCUUUGUCAUAUCCGAGGGAAGUUACGAAAAAAAGUUUGGAUAAACCAAGGUGACAUUAUACUAAUAGGGUUGCGAGAUUACCAAGACGCGAAGGCUGAUGUUAUCUUGAAGUAUACUCCAGAUGAAGCUAGGAAUCUGAAGACGUAUGGAGAGUUCCCAGAAACAGUUCGAAUCAAUGAGACAGUGGUCUAUUCUGUGGAUGGUCUGGAUGAGGACAUUGAAUUUGGAGAUGAGGUCAGUUCAGAAGAUGAAGCUGAUGCGGUAGAUGCUAUAUAAAAAUUAGCACUAUUAUGUAUACAGUAAGUCUAUGUAAAUUUGUUUUGCUGUUAUGAAUAAACAUGACUUUGUGAUUUUAUACAUUUAGUUCCCAAAAUUAUUUCAUAUACAUACCUACAUUGUGAAUAAUGUCUAAAUCCUUUAGACACUCAGUAUUUCUCCAUACCAUGUAAGUUUUUGUAAUACAUUAGCAUUGUAAUAUCUAAAUUAAUAUAUUCUCAUUACAAUAAUUCUGUUAAUUGUCACCAAAUGAAAUAAUAGUUAAAUUAUUGUGCAACAUUCCUUGAAUUGAUCCCAUUCGUCGAGUCACAGAUGAGAAAUACAAAUAAGGAAUGUACAUACCUAUCUAUUAAAUAAUUAUAUCAACAACA